CACACUAGAGCCAUGACGAAGUUUUGCCUUCGAAAUAAGAAUUUUAAGUGAAAUACAAGAUAAAUAAGGAUUUUAUCAAAGUAGAUAAGUCAAGUAACGUAUUUAAAUGUGAUUUAUUACUACAAGUGUUGACGAAUGUUGUUGUAUUAAUGAAAAUUUUAAAUCACGUGCCUUUUUACAAUUGCUAUGUUUUGAUGCUGGUACAAAAUGGCGGACAUUUCCUUAAUCCAAGAUGUGUGCAUGGAUGAUUGCGAUGAAGGUGUAUUCGAACAAGGAGAUUGCUCUACGGGCAGCCCCGGCGAUGACGACGUUUUACCACCGCUAUCCCGCGUCCAGAAAUACGCUCAAGCUGGGAAUAUCUACGAUCGUCAAAUGGUCGCCAGAAUAGUUCAAGAAUUGUUCCGGACAGCACCGGCGGAAAUUUUGGCUGAAGAACUUCCGAGUAUCAUGACCAUUGUUCGAUCGCUGGGCGAGAAAGAUGAGACGAUGGUCAGAGCUGAUCUUUUGGAUCAAGUACCGCACAUGGCUUCGCAAGCGUUGAAAUAUUCGAAUCGCGUGGAAGUGUUGAAAAACGUCACUGGGGAUUAUUUAAUACCGUUGGUUGUACGAAAUCUAGGAAGUACGGAAAAUGCUGUCGAUAAGGCGGCACACACAACGCUCAUACACCUGCUGGAACAGGGAUUAAUAACAAAGCCGCAGGCGGAAAUACAAGUUUGUCCCGCGAUUUUGGCGUUGUCGCACGAGGAACAAAUCGCCGAGAUAAACACAGGGGCCAUAACAUUGAUGUCAAGAAUGGCACCGCUGCUGGGAAGGGAUGUCACGGAGAGGGUGUUUUUGAAGAGGUUUUCUGAAAUGUGUGCAAGUAGUAUGUUUUACACAAGGAAAAUGUGUGCGGCGCAUAUCGGCGAUUUUUCUGUCGUUGUCGGGAAAGAGCAGUUUGACAAAGUUUUGUUGCCGUGUUACAUAGCCCUGUGUGAAGACACAAUAUGGGGCGUACGAAAAUCCUGUGCUGAGGUUAUAAUGUUCAUAUCUACUGUAAGUUCUCCUGAAAUACGUCGAACGAUUCUAGCACCAGUAUUUGCAAAAUUACUCCAAGACGACUGUCGCUGGGUUCAAAUGUCCGCAUUCCAAGCAUUGGGGCCUUUUAUAAUAACUUUUGCCGAUCCUCCUUUGACCAGUACGGCCUAUAAUAGUCAAGGCGAAUUAAUUUUUGUGAAUAAAGAUGGCCAAGAGUUUUUAAUGAACGUAGCCAAAGAGACUAACGAUGUCCGAUUUAAAUACUUGCCACGACAGCCGUCUCCUCUCAGUUCAGAUUUAAGCCAAUCGUGCAGCGAUGCGGGAAUAGGCGAUUGGCAGGGCGACGAAGACAUCUUAAAAUCGAAAGACGAAAUUGGCGAAUGCGCGAAUAACGAACUAGAGAGCGAGCGAAUACCUGAAGAGAAUUUCGAUUUGGAUUCGGGCAGUAUGAUAGCGCAAAGCGAUGAAGAUAUAAAGGAGAUCGUUGAAACAGUGAAAAACGCUGUGCUUAGCUACAGAAACGUGGAACAAGAACACGGUGUGAUAGGCGAUAACUUAAAAACUAACUUAAGCAAUGCAAAUGUGAUAAGUAAUUUAAAAAAUGCGAGUUGUGAUAAAUUAGAUAGCGAAUUAGAAGCCGAAUUUGCGAAUUUGAGCCUGAGUAUAGACGAACCAAGUACGUCAAUAAUGUGUGAUGCCGUUGAUGGUGCGGAAACAGCCGGCGAACAAAAUCAGGUAAUUUUGAAUAGUGAGAGUGAAAAAGAAGACGAUAACUUACACUUGUACAAUUCAUACAAUUAUUGGUAUAUAAGACCCGAAAUGCCGUUAGAUCUCAGUUUAAUCGAGGAGAUUCAGAUCGAUCGAGGUAAAGCGGACGGUGCUAACGCAACGGUAGAGGAUACGUUUGCCGAGAUAAAUUUAAAUGACAGUUUGGCCGAUAGUAGCAAAAAUGACGCCUCAACUGAUAACGAUCCGGACUCUAAAGAAAUUGCUAAAACUGAGCCGGAGCAAGACAUCGUUCCUCAAGUGUUAAUAAGUCAUUACUUUUUGAUGACAGAUCCUUCCUUUUCGAUAAAUAUAGACAACGAAAUGUCUUAUCACUGCGCCUAUUCACUGCCGGCAAUAGCACUGACGUUGGAAAAUAAAAAUUGGCCACUUUUAAAACGUACUAUAGAAUUUUUGGCUAGUGAUAUGCAUUAUAAAGUACGAAGAACAGUAGCGAGUAGUUUACACGAAUUAGCGUUUAUUUUGGGAGAAGAUAUCGCAUCGGAACAUUUAACACCAAUCUUUGAGGGAUUUAUCAAGGAUUUGGACGAAGUUCGAAUAGGAAUUUUGAGAAAUUUGGCCUAUUUUUUAAAGAUAAUCAAACCUGCCAAAAGAUUAGCCUGCUUGCCUAGAUUGCAUGAAUUUUUAAAGACGGAAACAGAAUGGAAUUGGCGGUUCCGUCACGAGUUAGCUAAACAGCUUUUGUCUAUUGUAACACUUUUCAAACCAGUGGAUUCGGCUAAACAUAUAGGGCUUAUUGCAGAAAUUUUGCUACAUGAUGUUUCCGCAGUAAGACAGAUUGCAAUUUCUUUGAUAACCGAAUUGUUGAGGCACAUUUCAACCAAACCUGACCUCAGCUCACUUUACCUAGUCAGAUUAGUGGAAAAAUUUGCUCAUUCGAAAAAAUGGAAGAGGAGACAAACUUUCGCUCUGCUAUGUUACAGACUUUUAUCGGCCAAAGCCUUGCCUGCUGAACAAUUCGCAACCGAAAUUAUGCCUCAUUUAUUGGACUUGAGUUGGGAUCCAGUGGCUAAUGUUAGAUUGGUGGUCGCAAAAACAAUUGCCCAACAUGUUAUUCCUAAUGAGUAUUUUGCCGAUCCAAGUAAUCAACAUUUUGAUAGUUUAGGAACUGUUAUAAGGAGGCUUCAAGCUGAUAAAGAUCGUGAUGUGCGUCAGUAUGCGGAAGUUAGCGAUAAAUUUGAAUCGGUAUCACCUACGCUUAGUUUGGAUUACAUUGACUAAAUAUAAUAAAUUUCAGUAAAGUUGUUUUUUUUAUUUUUGGGUUUAUGAUGUAAAUGAUACUUUGUUGCAAUUUUAAUUAAAUUUUUGUGAACAUAUACAUAUUUGUAAUAUUUAUCUAUAAGUUGUAAUAUAUGUAAAAAACUAAAUAAAUUGAAAUAAUUGUCA